AUGGCUUUCUACAAGACUAACCUGGCAGUGCUAGCUGCAAUCAGUGCUUACUUGCUCUUUCGACAAUAUCAAACCGAAAAGCAAGAUUCGGUAGCAGAGGCUGAGAGUGGAGUGAAAAGUGCACUGGGACAAACUGCCAUCAGAAGGUUCAAGAGAGCAUUCUUCCCAGCAUAUGCACUGGUCUGCGCAGCUGACUGGCUUCAGGGCCCUCAUAUCUACGCACUUUACAAAUACCACAAACACUUACCUGAAACGACGGUUGCUGCUCUCUAUGCUAGUGGGUUUGUUGCUGGUGCUCUCAGUGCCUCUUUCGUCGGACAGUUGGCUGACAAGUACGGUCGACGAAAUGCGUGUCUGUUGUAUUGCAUCAUCUACUCGACUGCAUGCUUCACAAUGCUCUCAGAUGACUUGCUUGUCUUGUUCGCUGGUAGGGCUUGUGGUGGCGUCAGCACGACUUUGCUAUACAGUGUCUUCGAGACAUGGAUGAUCGCAGAAUACCAUGACCAAGCAUUAGAUGCAUACGGGUUGAGCCUCGGAAGCAUGUUUGGCAAGAUGACCACGCUCAGUGGUGUGGUGGCAAUCGUCUCCGGUGUGGUUGGUGACGUUUUGGUCAAUUCUCUGAACUCAAAGACGAGCCCUUUCAUGGCUAGUAUCGUUUGCCUGGGUCUGGCUUUCGCCUUCAUAUCGAAGCGUUGGAAUGAGAACUAUGGAGACAAUGCCAGUAGCAAAGACAAGACUGGCGAAUCUGUCGAUCUCAGCAGCGUACUUCUCGAUCCGAAGAUUAUCUCCAUUGGUCUCGCCUCCUGUUUUUUCGAAGGCAGCAUGUACAUGUUCGUCUUUUUCUGGUCAGCCGCUUUGUCUACUGUCCACGCCGCCGUCGAUUUCACGAAUCCACUUCCUUUCGGAGUGGUCUUCAGCUCUUACAUGUGUGCUAUGAUGGUGGGCUCUAUCAUGUUCACACUUGUACCGCCAUCACAAGACAAAGGACACUACAUCCUCAAGAUUGUCUUAACCAGCGCCAGCAUCUGCCUCCUAUGCAGCAUCCUACUCAAGAGUGAAGCCCUUGUCUUCUGGGCCUUCUGUCUGUUUGAGGUCUGUGUGGGUGCAUAUUUUCCGAGCAUGGCAUCUCUGAAGGGUAGAUUGAUCCAAGAUGGCAGUCGUGGUAGGAUAUACGGUAUCCUCAGACUGCCUUUGAACCUCUUUGUCAUUGCAGCGCAUAGUCUUGCUGAAGAAGGCGAUCAGCAUCGUAACAAUGUGUUCUUGACCUGUGGUGGCCUUUUGGUGGUCGCUUUCGCUGUUGUGCACCGAUACCUUACAUCUGGACCAUGA